CUCUACAUUGCCAAACAUGGUUCAACACCUCGUCAGCCGCAGCCAGCGGGGCCUUGACAGCAAUUCAAGGAUAAGUCGCAGAAUUGUAUCUUUAGUCCAGCGCAUGACGGCCAAAGGGCGGGACUGGCUAUUGGGGUCCCGCUGGGGAAACGGAAGGGGCUCGACACGCGCACACACGAACACGCGUGUCGGCAACGAUUGUCAGCUUGUGACAAGUCAUCAUGCAUGUCGCAAUAUUAUCAAUUACAUGCAAAUGCCAUAUUUGACAAAGUGCAACUGGACUUUACCAACUGUUUGUGAAUUGCGGUGUUGCGCCCUCGCCAUUCAGCACGCUUGUAGAUUGUUUGACGCAAAACUACAACAAACUACCUUUAUAGCUCCAGACGCAGCGCUAAAGUAGUAUGCCGGCGGGCGGAUUGGCAGCCGCCCAGAGCCUUCGGCACUUCAUUUAUCGCUCGCACGUUCUGGGCCUCUACAGACAGUACUUGCGUGCAAGCAGAGGCCUCGGGACUGGCAGCGAGCGAAGGGAUCUGGCGGUGGAGGUGCGCCGCAACUUCGAGGCGCAGCGGCACGUGACCGACCUGCAGGCCAUCAAGUUCCUGCUGAGCGAGGGACGCAAGCGGCUGGAGCAGCUGCAGGACAUGCUGGGGCUGCAGCGCUGAUAGGGAGCAGGCUGUAGCAGUAGCAGUAGCAGGGGCAGUAGCAGCAGGGGCAGUA